AUGGCCACGCAAGCUGUAGACCUGUCCGGCUCCCUGCUAGAGACGUUUGAGAUCGCCGGGAGCCGGCUGGUGCACGGAAAGGUCUUUCCGCUCGGGAUCCGGCCUAGGAGCGGGACAGAGUUUGGGUCUGUUGAAGAAGCGGCGGCGCAUUUCCAGCAGCUCGCGGACGGCCAAAUGUUCCAGCAGCUCCUGCGCGAUCCGGACGGAGCGAUCCUGUUUCGGGGCUUUCCGGUGGACGGUGCGGCGGACCUGGACCGACUUGUGCGAUCGUUCGGGCUGCCGAGGCCACACGUCGAGGUCGGCCUCUCGGGCAAGCGGUCGACGAUCACGCCGCUGGUCAAGACGGCCAACGAGGAGCCAGCACACGUGCGGUUCUACUUCCACAACGAGUACGGGCGCAGCGCAUACUUCCCGGGGGCGCUGUUCUUUCACGCGGAAAAGGUGCCGACGGAGGGCGGACAGACGCCACUGCUGUCGUCGCUGGAGCUGUACGACCGGCUGGUGGCCGAGCUUCCCGCGUUUAUCGCAGACCUGGCUGCGAAGGGCAUCAUCGGGCGGCAGUACUUUCCGGCCAAGGCAGACGUGGAGGCGAAGACGAUCGGGUGGAACCGGAGGGACUCGUACGGCUUUGACAUUGUCGAGGGCGACUCGACGGCGACACAGCGUCGCAAGGUCGAGGCCGUGCUGCGGACGCGGCAGCAGGCCGAGGGCGAGUGGCAGGCCAACGGGGCACUGUACGUGCUGCAGCGGCUGCCGGCGAUCCGACGGAUCGCAGCAACGGGCCGGCCGACGUUCUUCAACGGUCUCUCGGGCGUGUACGGACGGCAGCGCGACCGACAGGCCCUGGCACCACCGCACCGCGGCAUCGAUGGCGGCGUGCACUUGCCGACGACGUUUGGCGACGGCACGGCGAUCCCGACGGCCGACUUGGAGCGGCUGCUGCAGAUCCAGGAGGACAUCCGGUUCUUGGUGCCGUGGCAGGCCGGCGACGUCGCCCUGGUAGACAACUACACGGUGCAGCACGCGCGGACACCGUGGAAGGGCGAGCGCAGCCUGCUAGUCAGCCUCUGGGACGGCUGGGAGACGUUUGUGCCGUACUAG